AUGGUGGUGGUGGGGGGUCAUGUCGGGGAGCAAAUUGGGCGGAGGAGAGGGGGUCUCGACCGAAAAGAUGGGGCCAGAAUUGUCGGGAUCGGAAACCCGCUUCUUGACGAGCAGCAGUUGGGAGAGAAUGAUAAUGGUGAUAAAGUAUACCUCGUGGACGUAGGCGGGUGGAAGUUGAGUAAAGAAUUCCAAUUGGAGAUCGUUUUCAGCGAUAAUACCGCUACUUGCAGAGAUUAG